AUGGACAGAAGGCGUGGGUCUGAUAAUGCCUCAGGCUCCAGCGGCAGUUCUCAGAGCCGCGGCUUUGCGCGUACCGAGCAGGAAGAGCAGUCACUUCGGCUUUUGUCACUGACGUCGUCAGUGAAUUUUAGUAGAAGCGAAAAAGCGGAGUUCUACAGCAAUGGCAGCAGUGGAGAAUGGGUUGAGUCAAGGGGCACAGGACGCCUGGAUCACACGAGAGAUAAUUCUUCGCUUCAUUGCGGUUCCGUUUUUACUGAUACUUCAGUUGACAGGCUUUUUCAUGCCGAGCGCCAAAGUCCCUAUCGAGAUCCUCAUGCUAACAAAGGCACCUCUUCCAGACAAGCUUCUUCUUCGGUCACCUCGAACCUUUCCAAUGAGUCUUUGCAAGAGUGGAGAGCUCAUGAUGAUCAAGGGUGCCUCCAUCAGGGGAGCUACAGUGAUGAAUACACGGCACAGAUGGCCCAGCAACAACGGCAGAGUGAUGGGGAACCUGAUGAAGGGGUUGCCUCUUCCCACCUUGAAGGACCCGAAACGUUGACUCCGUUGAUCACUGAGCAAAGCAGUUUCAAUCCGCAGGAAGGGGCAGUGGUAGUAGAAGUACGGGGACAAGCCGAUGAGCACGCCGACAGAGCAUCUACUCGCUUGCCAGAGGCCGCCACGGAAGCGAACAGCGCCAAGAUGGAGAGAAUGAAAUAUGAAGUUCCAGAGGAUCCACGCAAUCUUGUCAUUGAUGUAAUUCUCAAGAGUCCUUCGCCUAGUGUGUCUCUGCAAGAAAUCCACAACGCGCUGCGGUGGGCUGAGCGGUUUGAAGCGACGAAUGGGAGUGUUCUAGACUACCUGCAAGGUUAUCAAUCUAUAUUUGCCGUAUCACCAGUAUACGACCGUGUGACGCUGCGUCGCCCCUUACAAACAGCAAGAGGUCGUCGUGCAGUGCGCGAUCAUCGUGGGCCCCGUGACAUUUCCAGUGGCAUAGGCAGCAUUAGCUAUAGCUACAUUGCCACCGCUUUUGACCUUGAUGCUCUAGCUGUUAUUUAUAAACGUCGCGGCUAUGCUACGGAGCUUAUGUACGGUGUUCUUCACGUCUCUUCCCAUCGUACCUUUGACAUCUUUUUGUUUCCUAACGGUGUGGUGGUGUGGUGGGGAUUGAGCCGACGAGAUCAUUGGUUGGUGGAAGACGAUUUUUUGACUUCCGCCAACUCUUUUGUGCGGGUUGCAGUGAAGGAACGUCAUGCACAGAAAAUAAUAGAUGAAUUGUUUCCCUUCUGGUGUUCCUACGAGUUAGACAAGCACUACGACGCGAGUACGCCAGUGCGCAGGGAAGAGGCUCUUGCACGGUUUGGCACCAACCUUUGCUUUGAUCACUACCUCAUACCCGAUGUGAAACCCAUACGCACACAAAUUAUGCUUACAGUCUCAUAUUCACUUGGUCAUGUGGCCGUUGUUGAUUUUUUUGACAACGUCACGCAGAAUCUGCACAAACAAGUCUUGGGGAUUCCGGCAGAUAUUAAAGGUCUUUGCGAUUAUUUGUCGAUGCGACGCAAAAUAGCGCACCUCGAAGGAGAAAUACUUCUGGCAAGCAUGUCUAUCUCGGCACUGCGUGACACACCUGAAUUCCUAUGGGAGAUGCCGUGGCUGUAUGAUUAUCAUGAACUCAUAGAGAGGCAGAAUCCUUCGGGACAACUCGUUUUAUGGUUUAUUGCCAAAAGCGAAGCUUUGGUGCAACAGAUGGCGCACAUCAAAUCGAGGCGGUUUACUCUCUUUAUUUUAGGCUCGGAUAUCUUUUUGAUUUUGCUACUUAUGGCGGACAUUUUCUGUCUUAUGGCGGUUUUGAUUUUGAAACUGUACUUUUCUUUAGAGGAGUAG